AUGGCCCUGGUGGCAAAUGCUAACACGUUCUACCCAGCCUUCUGCAGCUUAACAAUUCCAGUCAACAAGCACAAGCCAUGGAUCGAGACAUCGUAUCAUGGAGUCAUUACUGAGAACAACGAUACAGUCAUUUUGGACCCACCUCUGGUAGCCCUGGACAAAGACGCACCAGUUCCUUUCGCAGGCGAGAUUUGUGCGUUCAAGAUCCACGGCCAGGAGCUGCCCUUUGAGGCCGUGGUGCUCAACAAGACAUCGGGAGAGGGCCGGCUCCGCGCCAAGAGCCCCAUCGACUGUGAGCUGCAGAAGGAGUACACGUUCAUCAUCCAGGCCUACGACUGCGGCGCGGGGCCCCGGGAGACAGCCUGGAAGAAGUCACACAAGGCCGUGGUCCAUAUCCAGGUGAAGGACGUCAAUGAGUUUGCUCCCGCCUUCAAGGAGCCCGCCUACAAGGCUGUGGUGACCGAGGGCAAGAUCUACGACAGCAUCCUGCAGGUGGAGGCCGUCGAUGAGGACUGCUCCCCCCAGUACAGCCAGAUCUGCAACUAUGAAAUUGUCACCACCGAUGUCCCUUUUGCCAUUGACAGAAAUGGCAACAUCAGGAACACCGAGAAGCUGAGCUAUGACAAGCAGCACCAGUACGAGAUCCUGGUGACCGCCUACGACUGUGGCCAGAAGCCUGCUGCUCAGGACACCCUGGUGCAGGUGGACGUGAAGCCAGUGUGCAAGCCUGGCUGGCAAGACUGGACCAAGAGGAUUGAGUACCAGCCUGGCUCGGGGAGUGUGCCCCUGUUCCCCAGCAUCCACCUGGAGACGUGCGAUGGGGCCGUGUCCUCCAUCCAGAUCACCACGGAGCUGCAGACCAAUUACAUUGGGAAGGGAUGUGACCGGGAGACCUACUCGGAGAAAUCCCUUCAGAAACUGUGUGGAGCCUCCUCUGGCAUCAUCGACCUCCUGCCGUCCCCCAGCGCUGCCUCGAACUGGACUGCGGGACUGCUGGUGGACAGCAGCGAGAUGAUCUUCAAGUUUGACGGCAGGCAGGGUGCCAAGGUCCCUGACGGGAUUGUGCCCAAGAACUUGACGGACCAGUUCACCAUCACCAUGUGGAUGAAACACGGCCCCAGCCCCGGUGUGAGAGCUGAGAAGGAAACCAUCCUCUGCAACUCAGAUAAGACUGAAAUGAACCGGCAUCACUAUGCCCUGUACGUGCACAACUGCCGCCUGGUCUUCCUCCUGCGCAAGGACUUCGACCAGGCCGACACCUUCCGCCCGGCCGAGUUCCACUGGAAGCUGGACCAGAUUUGUGACAAAGAGUGGCAUUACUACGUCAUCAAUGUGGAGUUUCCAGUGGUGACCUUAUACAUGGAUGGAGCAACAUAUGAACCAUACCUGGUGACCAACGAUUGGCCCAUUCAUCCAUCUCACAUAGCCAUGCAACUUACGGUCGGCGCAUGUUGGCAAGGAGGAGAAGUCGCCAAACCGCGGUUUGCCCAGUUCUUCCACGGCAGCCUGGCCAGUCUCACCAUCCGCCCUGGAAAGAUGGAGAGUCAGAAGGUCAUUUCCUGCCUGCAGGCCUGCAAGGAAGGGCUGGAUAUUAAUUCCCUGGAAAGCCUCGGCCAAGGAAUAAAGUAUCACUUCAACCCCUCACAGUCCGUCCUGGUGAUGGAAGGCGACGACAUCGGGAACAUGAACCGCGCCCUGCAGAAGGUCUCCUACAUCAACUCCAGGCAGUUCCCGACCGCGGGGGUGCGGCGCCUCAAGGUCUCGUCCAAAGUCCAGUGCUUUGGAGAGGACGUGUGCAUCAGCAUCCCCGCCGUGGACGCCUACGUGAUGGUGCUGCAGGCCAUGGAGCCCCAGAUCACCCUCCACGGCACGGACCGCCUCUGGAGACCCGCCGCCCAAUUCGAAAGCGCCCGAGGCGUGACCCUCUUCCCCGACAUCAAGAUCGUGAGCACCUUCGCCAAAGCCGAGGCCCCAGGUGACUUGAAGCCCACAGCCCCCAAGUCAGCAGUCUUAGAAGAAAUGCUUCACAACUUGGAUUUCUGUGACAUUUUGGUGCUGGGAGGGGACUUGGACCCAAGACAGGAGUGCUUGGAGCUUAACCACAGUGAGCUCCACCAGCGCCACCUCGACGCCACCAACUCCACUGCAGGCUACUCCAUCUACGGUGUGGGCUCCAUGAGCCGCUAUGAGCAGGUGCUACGUCACAUCCGCUACCGCAACUGGCGUCCGGCUUCGCUCGAGUCCCGGCGGUUCAGGAUCAAAUGCUCAGAACUCAACGGGCGCUACACCAGCAACGAGUUCAACUUGGAGGUCAGCCUCCUCCACGAGGUCAGAGUCUCAGACAACGAGCACGUCAACCACCUCAUCGUGCAGCCUCCCUUCCUCCAGUCCGUCCACCACCCCGAGUCCCGGACUAGCGUCCAGCGCAGUUCAGUGGUCCCGAGCAUUGCCACGGUGAUCAUCAUCAUCUCCGUGUGCAUGCUAGUGUUCGUGGUGGCCAUGGGCGUGUACCGGGUCCGGAUCACCCACCAGCACUUCACCCAGGAGACCGAGGCUGCCAAGGAGGCCGAGAUGGAUUGGGACGACUCUGCGCUCACUAUCACAGUCAACCCCAUGGAGAAACACGAAGCACCAGGGCACAGGGAGGAGGAGACGGAGGAGGAGGAGGAAGUGGAAGAAGACAUCAGCUCCAGCAGCAGCGACUCAGACGCCAGCGACGAGGAGGAGGUGGAGGGAGGAGUGGGCAGGGGCAGACACGGGCAGAGCGGAGCCAGGCAAGCCCAGCUGGAGUGGGACGACUCCACCCUCCCCUACUAG